AAAAGACCCUUCCGACUGCCUUUUGGAGACCAGGCUCGCAGGUUACAAAAAUUUUAAAUAUGUUUGCUUGAUUUUAGUUAUAGGAAAAGCAACACAUGUUACAAUCCUUUUCAUAUCAUUGGCUAUGUUUUUCAAAAAAAAAUCUAGCGAGCCUGGUCUCCAAAAGACAGUCGAAAGGGUCUUUUAUGAUUUUAUGGCUUUUCAUUGCAAAAUUAAAAAUUGUUGGAAUUUAAAAAAAUAAUGAUAUAAAUACUAUAUUUGUAAUGUACAGGUUAAAACAAUUACAACGGUAUAAAUUUUUUUGCAAAUACUAUAAAAUUAGAGUAUGUACAUAUGUAAAUCAUGAAAUUAUUUUCCAAAAGCAAAUUUUAAUGUUUAGACGUCAAAAUUUAUAUAUUUCUGCGCGUAAAGGGCCCAAGUUCUUUUUUAUAUUUCUUGUGUUUUUAUAUGAAGGGUAGAAUGACAAAAGGGGUCAAGCGCCAAUUUAUCGAAAAUGAGGUUUUUGCAUAAAAAAAUCAAGAAAAUUCAUUUACACAUUUCUGUAGAAGGAUUUCCUUUUUUAUUGCGUAUUUAAAUCAGUUUUUAAUAAAAAUUAAAUUAAUAAAAUAGCCUCAAAUUUACUUUAUUGCAACCUGAUUGAAAAACAAAAGAAAGUGGUGAGUCAAUAAUAUUAUCAAAAUAAAAAAAAAUAUUAUUUUUUUAGGUUUUAUUUUAAUAUUUUAUUUUAAUUUUAUUUUAAUAAUAUUUUAAUUAAUAAAAUUAAUAAUAAUAAUAAUGUAUUUUCAAUUUUAAACAAUUUUAAAAUCAUUUUGUUAUUAAUUUUUAAAUAUUUUUAUGGUUAUACUAAGUGAACAAUUGAAUUUAAAGAUGAAAGUAUUGCUCAAUUCCAAAGCAAGCAAUUAAUUCGUAAUUUUCUUGAAAACAAACAAUUUUUUAAAGGAAUUUUUUUUUCUAUUCAUUUCGUCGAUUCCAUAGAAAGAAACUAAUUUUCCAGUUUUUCUUUAAACUGUAUAUUUUUUUUAUAAUUAAUGCUUAAAGAAAAUGUGCGCAGUUGAUAUAACCUCAAGGCACCACAGUUUUUUUUAAUUUUAUCGUUAAUAUGUAGGUUUAUUUCAACAAAUUGUUGUUUAUUUAUUAAAACAUACUAAUAUAUCGAAACGGUUUUCUCAGUUUUUUUUUUAAAUGACCUGCAAAAUUUUUAAAAAUGUUUUUUUUACUUCCUGUAAAAACAGUGAAUUGGCGCUUGACCCCUUUUGUCAUUCUACCCUUCAUAUAUGUAAACUUUUGAGGUUAGAAUUAUUAUAUUUUGAUAACCAUACUUAAUAUCUUAAGCAAUUAGAAAGAAGUCCAGAAUCAGAGAAUUCUAUAAAAACAAACCUUUGAAAAGCUCCACAAUUUAAUUUAAGAUAUCCUCUCAAAAACUAAUUAAUUACUUAUAAUCAACAAAACGCUCGACCUGUUAAUUCGUUUUCGUUUGCUGGGUAAGAAUACAUUCUUGCAAUUUUAAAAUAUAUAUUUCAACAAAAAUUUUUUUGAUAAAUAGAUGAAGAAAUCGACGAUGAUUGUUUCCAAUUCUUGGCCCGAGAAAAAAUUGCAGAAUUAUUUCCCAAAGCGGGGCCUUACUCAAAAUUUCUUAUGUUAUAUAAUAAAUGGAUUCAGGAUAACGACAAAAAUGUACCAACUUCAUCAACUGUUAACAAUGCAACAACGGUAGCAAGAGAUAUUGAGGGAAUAUAUGAAGUUGGUGUCGAUGGGAUUUUAGAAGAAGUCAACAUCCUUCAGAAUACAAUCGCUCAAAACGCUGACCCAGAAAAUAAUAAAUCUGUCAAAGAGGUCAAUAAUAUUUUGCAAUCAAGAAAACGGUCUGCAGAAGCAACACCAAGUUUUACCGAAAAAAGAAUAAAAGUUGCAUCAGAUUCCAUCUAUUCUUGUACUAUCAAAGAAGGUCCAAUCUAUGAAUCACUCGUCAAUAAUUUUAAUGGACAUAUAGCAAUUGCGGAGUAUGAGCUUAAAGGAUUUUUAAGCUCAAAAUCGCAGCAAAUCGUUGCUGAGUGUAUUCUCCUUCAUGAAUUGAAAGGAGAUAUUUAUAAACAUUAUGUAGAAGAUAAUUAGUUUAAAAUAUAAUAUUAUUUCACAUAAAAAUAAACCUAUUUCUCUCUUAUAGAAUAAAUCGAGAAAGAUUUUCAGAGCUUUCAGAAGGAAUCGAGUUAAUGUUUCCUUGUGAGAAGAAGGAAACAUACUAUAUUCCAUAUUAUAAAAACGAAUCUGGAAAAAAGUUUAGUGCUUCUGGAAAUCUUGUAGAUUUAUUCUACAAUAUAAGAAAAAGAGCUGUUCGUUCCGGUAUAAAAAGUUGUAAAGAAACAUUGGUCCUAAAAUCUAUUGAAAAUGAUGCUCAGAAUUAAAAAUGGCGGAUCCAAUAUGGCGUGUUUUUUUGCCCUAGCGCGCUCUGACUCAUUAUCAAGGGACACUCACUUAAUUGUUUAUAACUUUUAAAAACGGCUUGAAAUUUUCGUUUAGAAUUUUCAGAUUAUA